AUGAUUCAAACUCUGAAGGUGGUCAUUGCUGGGCACGGAACCACAGCUUUCCUGUUGCUCCUUACUGUGGUCCUAGGCAGGACCUAUGGCGCUAGGUUCCUGGUGGGCCUUCAGGCUCCACAGAACCUUUCCUACCCAUUUAGUGCCCUGCGGCUGGGCAGUGCCAUCCAGCUCGCUGUGAACCGGGUCAACUCAGACCAGGGCUUCCUGGGUGGCCACAACCUGGAUUUUGUAUACACUGACUCAGACUGCAAUGCGAAGAUGUCACUGGGAAGCUUCGUUGACCAAGUGUGGAGGGAGAACAUCUCAGCGCUCUUUGGUCCUGCUUGCCCAGAGGAGGCAGAGGUUACAGGGCUCAUGGCAUCCAAGUGGAACAUCCCAAUGUUCAGUUUUGUGGGACACUCCGUGAAGAUGGAUGACACUACUGUAUACGACACAUUCGUGAAACUGGUGCCAUCACUAAAAAGAACAGGGGAGGUUCUUGUUAAAACGCUUGACUUCUUUGGCUGGACCCACAUAGCCAUGCUUGGAGGAGGGUCUAGAUCGAACACCUGGGACAAGGUGGAUGAGCUCUGGAAGUCUGUUGAACAGCAGCUGGAAACCAGGUUCAAUGUGACGGCAAAAAUCAAGUUCGACACCAGCAACCCGGAGCUCAUCCGAGUGAACGUACGGCACAUCUCAAAGGUUGCUAGAAUUAUCGUGGUUCUCAGCAAUGCGAAAGAUGCCAGUGAUCUGAUGCGCGAGGCCGCUAAACAGAACCUCAUGGACGGAGAGUAUGUGUUUCUGCUGGUUCAGCAGUUUGAGGUCAGUGGUAACAUGGAAACCCUGUGGAAGUACAUAGCCAACGAUGUGAAGAACCAUAACGGCCUGCGCACUUUUGACAUGGUAUUUGUCAUUGCUCAAAAAUCAUAUGAUGCAUACGAUUACUCUGACUUCUUCAAGCAAGUCCACGCAAAGCUGAACAGAGCUCCAUUCUACAGCAACUUGUCCUCUGAGGACGAGGUCAGUCCAUAUGCUGCGUAUCUCCAUGAUGCUGUUCUACUCUACACCAUGGUCUUGAAGGAGGUCUUGAGAGAUGGGAAAGACCCCCAGGAUAGAGGAGAAGUUCUCCAGAGGCUAAGGCACAGAAGCAACAUGACAUUUUAUGGGGCGACAGGUUUGGUGUACUUUGACCCAGAAGGAGAGAGGGUCAUGGAUUAUUCUGUGUACGAUCUGCAGCCCUCAGUAAAUCUGUCCACAUUCGUCCCUGUCCUGCAUUUUGACAGCCGGACAAGGACACUGAGGCCCACCUCCAAGGUCUCCUUCAUCGUCUGGCCGAAAGGCAGGCCCCCCACAGACAACCCUCCCUGUGGAUUCAACAACGAGAUCUGCAAAUGGCUGCUUGAAGACAUAUCUCUAACCAUCCUGCUGGUGGCGCUGCCUGUGAUUGUCCUGGUGGCCCUGAUCGCCGUCAGCCUCCUGAUGGUGCAGAAGUGUCGGCUGCAAACCCGGCUCAAUGACUCUUGCUGGUGGCGGAUCCACUACAGCGACAUCACCGUCAUAAAGGAGACCAAGGGACUGCUGUCCGUGGGUACCAUGGCGACCCAGAGUGCCAGUGGUGGGUCUCAGACUAUCGUCUCAUCCAACAGCUACGGCCUAAAGGACAACGCAGGCAAGGAGCACAUCUACACCACCAUUGGCCUCUAUCAGGGUAACCAGGUCGCCAUCAAGUACCUUGAGAGGCAAUUCAUCAGUGACAUCCGCAGGCCCUCCAUUAUUGAGGAGUUUCAAACGAUGCGAGAGCUGAAACACGAGAAUUUGGUGCAGUUCUUUGGCGCUUGCAUCGACCCACCCAACAUUUGCAUCGUUAUGCAGUACUACAAUAAGGGAAGCCUGAAGGACGUGCUGAAGAACUCUGAGAUCGAGCUGGACUGGAUGUUCAAGCUGUCCUUGGCCUAUGACAUUGUCAAUGGGAUGGAGUUCAUCCACAAAAGCAAGCUGAAAUCCCACGGCAAUCUGAAGCCCACCACGUGCUUGGUGGACAGCCGCCUGCAGGUGAAGCUCUCUGGGUUUGGACUGUGGGAGUUCUGCUAUGGCACCAAGCACAGGCUCAUUCCACUGGAGGACUCCAAAUACAAAGAGCUGUACUGGAUUGCUCCCGAGCUGCUCAGACAGACCCAGCUCCCCUUCAACGGAACUCCCAAAGGGGACGUCUUCAGCUUUGCCGUUGUGAUGCGUGAUCUGAUCUACAACGGGUUCGGCCCGUAUCACGACCUGCAGCUGGAACCCAAAGAUAUCAUUGGGUGCCUCCGAGAGCCCAACUCGCAAGAGCCACUCAGGCCUUCGCUCUCAGCCCAGGUGUGCGAGGAGGGCGUGAUUUCCCUGCUCAGGGACUGCUGGAACGAAAACCCCGGACUGCGGCCAUCUUUCACCUGCAUCAGGAGGCGCCUGCGAGAGAUCAGCCCCGAGAGUCAUGUAAAUAUCUUGGACAACAUGGUCAACAAGCUGGAGAAGUAUGCAAAUCACCUGGAGGAAGUAGUAGAGGAGAGAACCAACCAGUUGACCGCUGAGAAGACGAGAGCUGACAAGCUUCUGUCUAGUAUGUUACCAAGUUACAUUGCUGAGGAGCUCAUGGCAGGGAAGUCCGUGGAGCCCAUGAGCUAUGACAUGGUGACCGUCUUCUUCUCUGACAUUGUUGGCUUCACCACCAUGUGCGCUAUUAGCACGGCUCUGGAGGUAGUCACCCUCCUCAAUGACCUCUACAGCCUGUUUGAUGAAAUCAUAAAGCUCUAUGAUGUCUACAAGGUGGAGACAAUCGGCGAUGCCUACAUGGUAGUAAGUGGGCUGCCAGUCAGCAACGGUCCGCAGCAUGCCAGCGAGAUUGCCACUAUGGCACUGCAUUUCCUGUCCGCAAUUGGCAGCUUCCGCAUCCGGCACCUUCCACAGGAGCACCUUGCACUGCGCGUCGGCAUCCACUCAGGGCCAGUGGUGGCUGGAGUGGUGGGUACCACCAUGCCAAGAUACUGCCUCUUCGGAGACACUGUAAACACAGCGUCACGUAUGGAGAGCAAUAGCUUGCCUCUGAAGAUUCACAUCUCUCAGAGCACGGCUGAAAUCCUGAUGAAAACUGGCACAUUUGAAAUAGAAGAAAGGGGAGAAGUUGAAAUGAAGGGGAAGGGCUGCCAGAGGACAUUCUGGCUGAAGGGGAAACAGGGUUUCCAGCCAUCAACUCCCUCCCAGCGAGUCUCUGCUGUGAUCCAAGUCUCAGCACACGAAGAGGAGAGGAAGAAACCAGCCAUUGUGCCCACAGCUAGAGAUGUAGACAGGAAGGAGAAGAAGACUCAGAGAAGCCUGCCGACUGUCGGGACCUGUGAAGCAGCAGGCACACUUCCUGUCCCGGCCCCACAUGGCCCUCGUUUUCUCCAACAAGUUCAAGUGGACUGCUUGUGA